AUGGCGGCGAUCACGGCGGGUGCGGGUGCGGGGCGCUGGGAGGUGGUGAAGAAGGGGCGGCGGCCGGGGGCCACCGGCGGCGGGCGAGGCGGCGGAGCGGACCGCCGGACCCUCGGGGAGGCGAACGGAGUGUGGAAAUACGACCUGACCCCUCCCAUCCAGACGACAACCACCCUUUAUGAGCGGGGCUUUGAGAAAAUCAAGAAGAAGCAGAAUAAGGAGCAGGUUCCGCCCCCCGCCGCGGAGCCUAAGAAACCCUCCAACAAGAAGCAGAUGAAGAAGGUGGCGACCCUCAGCAACCAAAGCCAGAAGCAGGGCCGCUUCCGCAGCCUGGAGGAGGCCCUGAAAGCUCUGGACGUGGCAGCCCUGCAGAAGGAACUGGACAAGAGCCAGAGCGUGUUCUCUGGGAACCCAUCCGUGUGGUUGAAGGACCUGGCCAGCUAUCUCAACUACAAGCUCCAAGCCCCCCUGAGUGAGCCCACACUAAGCCAGCAUACUCACGAUUACCCCUACAGCCUGGUGAGCCGUGAGCUGCGUGGGAUCAUCCGAGGGCUGCUGGCGAAGGCGGGGUCCCUGGAGCUCUUUUUUGACCACUGUCUGUUCACCAUGCUGCAAGAGCUGGACAAGACGCCAGGGGAGUCUCUCCAUGGCUACCGUAUCUGUAUCCAGGCCAUUCUGCAAGACAAGCCCAAGAUUGCCACCAUGAACCUGGGCAAGUUCCUGGAACUGCUGAGGUCCCACCAGAAUCGACCAGCAAAGUGUCUGACCAUCAUGUGGGCCCUGGGUCAAGCAGGUUUUGCCAACCUCACCGAGGGGCUGAAAGUGUGGCUGGGGAUCAUGCUGCCUGUGCUGGGCAUUAAGUCCUUGUCCCCCUUCGCCAUUGCAUACCUGGACAGGCUGCUCCGGAUGCACCCCAACCUUACCAAGGGCUUUGGCAUGAUUGGCCCCAAGGACCUCUUCCCACUUUUGGACUUUGCCUAUAUGCCCAACAACUCCCUGACACCCAGCCUGCAGGAGCAGCUGUGUCAGCUCUACCCCCGAUUGAAGGUGCUGGCAUUUGGGGCAAAGCCGGAAUCCACCCUGCAUACCUACUUCCCCUCCUUCCUGUCCAGAGCCAACCCUGACUGCCCUCCUAAGAUGAGGAAAGAGCUCCUGAGCAGCCUGACCGAAUGCCUGACGGUGGACCCCCUCAGUGCCAGCGUCUGGAGGCAGCUAUACCCCAAGCACCUGUCACAAUCCAGCCUGCUGCUGGAGCAUUUGCUCAGGUCCUGGGAGCGGAUUCCCAAGAAGGCACAGAAGUCUUUGCAAGAAACCAUUGAAUCCUUCAAGCUUACCAACCAGGAGCUGCUGAGGAAAGGCAGCUGUAAUAACCAGGAUGUCAUCGCCUGUGACACAGCCUGCAAGGGUCUGUUGCAGCAGGCUCGGGGUUUCCGGCUGCCCUGGACACGGCUGCUCCUGUUGGUGCUGAUCUUUGCCAUAGGUCUCCUGUGCCACGACUUCCGGUCACACAGCUCUUUCCAGGACUCCCUUUCUGGCCGGUUGCUUCAAUCAUCGGGCUUCUUGCCUGCUGGCCAACAAGCAUGUGCCAAGAUCUACUCCUACAGCUGGCAAGGCUACAGCUGGCUGGAGGAGACUCUGCCGGCCUGGGGCUCUCACCUGCUGACUGUGGUGAGGCCCAGCCUGCAGCUCGCCUGGACCCACAUCAAUGCCACAGUCAGCUUCCUUUCCACCCACGGUGCCUCCCACCUUGUCUGUCUGGGUGACAGCCUCGCCAGCCUCUCCCAGAGGAUCCAGCUCCCUGAUGUCCUGAACCAGCUGCUCCAUUCUCUGAGCGAGCUGCUCCUGCUGCUGCACCACAGCGUGUUGUUGCCAUUGUGGCACCUGCUUCUUGAGGCCCUGGCCCAGGCCCAGCAGCACUGCCACCAGGUGUGCAGAGGUCCGGUGACCUGGGACUGCGUGAUGACACAGCUCAGCGAGGCUGCCCACCGGACCUGGCUCUGCCUACAGGACACCACAGUGGCUUUCUUGGACUGGGCACUUGCUAUGAUAUCCCAGCAAUAG